AUGUUCCCUCUCAUGGCCUGCGGUCCGAUAUGUAUGUCGUUUCUGAUAUUCAUAAGCCUUUGGGGUAUUAUAUUCCUGGGAAUCCUUGGCGGGUUGUACUACAAUCAGUCAGUGGGUCUUUUUGAAAACAUGCCCAAAGAGGACUUAUCUAAAUGUCUCAUCACUGAUUGGAAUUGUCGUCAGAAGGAACUUGUGAAUAUCUACCAACAAAAUGCCUACAACUGUUGGGUGGCUGCUGCGGGUUAUGUAGGCGUCGCCAUACUGGCUGGUCUACGGCUGUGCUGUCUUCGACUUUGUAGGUGA